UAUAAUUUUCAUUUCUGAACACUGUUUCCAUUAUUUCUCUUUAAUUGAUGUAAAACUUGUUAUUAAAAGUGUUUGCAUUUACAGCCGGCGAGGACGACACCGAUCGUUCAAAAGUCAGCGGAGAGGCGGACGCCAAUGAACACUCCGCCGACGGGUGCACAGAUCGAUAGCGCGAAGAACAGUCCCGGAGGAGAAGGAGUUUUGCAGACGUUUUUCAAUAGUCUAUUAAGUCGUAAAUCUGGUGGCUCUCCAGGUAUGGGAUCUCCGCGAACGCCAAACACGAUGGCCGACAACCUGACGGCCGCCAACGUUCACGCGGAGUUGGACCGUAUGGGAUCUCCGCGAACGCCAAACACGAUGGCCGACAACCUGACGGCCGCCAACGUUCACGCGGAGUUGGACCGUAUGAUCGGCAGUAAUAGGAUUGCCAGCAAUAGCUCGACGCCAACGCAUAACCUAAACGUCUCCACGUCUUCAGAGCAAUGAUUUUUCAUGAAAUGUUAGGUUUUGAUAAUUAUAUAAAUAUAUA